AUGUUCGCUGCAGCUACGAAGAAUUUCGUCAAACAGGUGGGAGACACGGGGAGGCUCGUCCCAGUUCCGAGCCUGAGCGAGGCCGACCGCUACCAGCCCCUCAGUCUGGUCACAAGGAAAAGGAAGAGGUAUUUCUGGAAGAAGAACAAGUAUGCCUCCACCCCGUUCUCACUGAAGGACAUCCUUGUGGGGGAAAAGGAGAUCACUGCAGGCGUUUCAUCUUAUCAGCUGCUCAACUACGAGGACAAGUCUGACUUGGCUCUAAACGGCCGAUUGGGAAACCACAUCAUCAACGAUGUGGGGUUCAACAUCAGCGGCUCGGACUCUGUGGCCGUCAAAGCCUCCUUUGGCAUCGUGACAAAACACGAACUUGAGGUGCCUACUUUACUGCGUGAACUCAACUCCAGGAAAGUGGACCUCGAUCACUGCCUGGUUCGUCAGACCAAAGACAGCGGCCGCACCGUCCUCUGCGUGGUGGUGGAGAGUAUCCGGACCACACGGCAGUGCUCGCUGACCGUCCACGCGGGCAUGCGUGGGACAACCAUGAGGUUUCAGAUCGACGACGGUCGAAAUCCCAGGGGUCGAGACAAAGCCAUUGUGAUUCCAGCUCACACCACCAUCGCCUUCAGCAUCUGCGAGCUGUACGUGCGACUGGAUGGCCGACUUGACAUAUGCGUUGCUCCCGAGUCUCAGGGGGGAUUUGAGCGGGAGCAGAUCGGGGAGCAGCUGGGCGGUAUGAUCGGCCGCUUCUCUGUGGGUCGCCUGCGUCGCUUCCUGUCCGGCAUCAUCUACGGGAACCCCUUUAGAGCAGAUGACCGGACGUUCGAGCAGCUCACCCACUCUGACACCUACAUGGACGACGUGGCCACCGACUACUACGAGAAGGCCGCCAGCAUGACGGACGUGUCCACGGCCUACCUGAGGGAGAGCUCCCACACGCGGGUCAACCUGCUGAAACACAACAUCCCCAAGGGGCCGUGCGCUCUGUGCGGGAUGGGAAGCCAGCGGCGGGAAACCGUCUACGGCUGCCUGGAGUGCAGCACCGGGGGAGAGACUUGUUACGAAUGCUGUGAUGGAAACUGGAGCGAUGGCAUCGGCCCCGGACUGCGGCCAACUUCAGUUUACCGCCAGGGAAACUUGAACUUCUCCAAAGAUGGCAACGCCGUCAUCAGUCCUGUUGGAAACCGAAUCUCCAUCUUUGACUUGAAAAAUUUGGCAGUUGUGGUGGAUGAAGAUGGUGCAGCGUUGCUGGUCAGUCUCAUCACUCGAGCUGUCCUCCAUCACUUCCACUUCCACAAGCCUGUCAGCAGCAUCCGAUUCUCCCCCGAUGGCAGGAAGUUUAUAGUCACAAAGGAGAACGUGGCCCUGAUGUACCACGCUCCCGGGAAGCGGCGGGAGUUUAACGCCUUCGUUUUGGACAAGAGCUACUACGGCCCGUACGACGAAACAACUUGCAUCGACUGGACAGACGACUCCAAGUGUUUCGUGGUGGGGAGCAAAGACAUGUCGACGUGGGUGUUCGGAGCGGAGCGCUGGGCCAACCUCAUUUACUACUCCCUUGGUGGACACAAGGACGUCAUUGUGGGCAGUUUCUUUGAGAAGGAUAGUCUCGAUCUCUACACAGUGAGCCAGGAUGGGACUUUAUGUGUCUGGGAGAGCGAUACCGAACUGGAUGGCCUUGUUCUGAAGAAGAGCAAGGAGAAACCAAAGAUUCCGAGUCAAGAAGAGGAAGAGGAGGCUGAUGAGGGCCGGGUGGAGGGAGAUGAAGGAGAGGUGAUUAGAGGAAAACAUGAAAAUCCCAAAGACAAGAACCAGACAAAGAAUGUUCGAUAUAAACUGAUGAGCAAACACUUUUUCAACAAAGAAGGCGACUUCAACAACCUGACGGCUGCUGCGUAUCACAAACCGACUCACAUCCUGGUCACGGGCUUUGCCUCUGGGGUAUUCCACCUGCACGAGCUCCCAGAGUUUAACCUCAUACACUCCCUCAGCAUUUCAGACCAGAGAAUUGCAUCGGUGGCUUUGAACAGCUCUGGAGACUGGAUUGCCCUCGGGUGCUCCCGGAUGGGUCAGCUACUGGUGUGGGAGUGGCAGAGCGAGUCGUACGUCUUCAAGCAGCAGGGACACUUCAACAACAUGGCCGCGCUGGCCUACUCCCCGGACGGGCAGCACAUCGUAACGGGAGGCGACGACGGCAAAGUCAAGGUUUGGAACGCCAACAGCGGCCUCUGCUUCGUCACCUUCACCGAGCACACCAGCAGCAUCACCAACGUCACCUUCACCUCCAGCGGCUUCGUCAUCGUCAGCGCUUCGCUGGACGGCACGGUCCGAGCCUACGACCUGCACAGGUACCGAAACUUCCGCACCUUCACGUCGCCGCGGCCGGCGCAGUUCUCCUCCCUGGCCGUAGACGUCAGCGGGGAGCUGGUGAGCGCGGGGGCUCAGGACUCCUUCGAGAUCUUCCUCUGGUCCAUGCAGACGGGCAGGCUGCUGGAGGUCCUGGCGGGGCACGAGGGUCCAGUCAGCUGCCUGUGCUUCAGCCCGGUGCAGUCCGUUCUGGCCAGCGCCUCGUGGGACCGCACCGUCCGGCUGUGGGACAUGUUGGACAGCUGGCAGGUUAAGGAGACGCUUCCCCUCACAUCCGAUGGCUUGUCGGUGACGUAUCGCCCGGACGGUCAGGAGCUGGCCGUGGCCACCCUGAACGGGGAGAUCUCCUUCUGGAACCCGAGCACGGCCACGCAAACGGGCUCGGUGGCGGGACGUCACGACCUGGAGACCGGCCGCAAAGAGACCGAUAAAAUCACGGCCAAGCAGUUGGCCAAGGGCAAGUCGUUCACCUCGCUGUGCUACUCGGCCGACGGGGAGUCCGUUCUGGCGGGAGGCCAGUCGAAGUUCGUCUGCAUCUACAACGUCAAGGAGACCAUGCUGGUGAAGAAGUUCGAGGUCUCCUGCAACUUGUCAUUCGACGCCAUGGAGGAGUUCCUGGACAGGCGGAAAAUGACAGAGUUCGGCAGCCUGGCUCUGGUGGACGAGGGGGCCGGAGACGGUGACGGGGUCAACAUCAGCCUGCCAGGAGUCAGGAAAGGUGACAUGAGUUCCCGUCACUUCAAGCCAGAGAUCAGAGUCAGCUCACUGCGGUUCUCCCCAACCGGCCGCAGCUGGGCGGCCACUACCACCGAAGGGCUGCUGGUCUACUCCCUGGACGGCACUCUGGUUUUCGACCCCUACGACUUGGACCUGGACGUGACCCCGGCAAACAUCCGCAAGCAGCUCCGCCUCCAGGAGUGGACGUCGGCCAUCGUCAUGGCGUUCAGGCUCAACGAGCAAGCCCUGAAGCAGGAAGUGCUGGAGACGGUGCCGCACGAGCAGAUCCCGGUGGUUUGCGGCUCCCUGCCCGACAUCUACGUGGAGAAGCUGCUGGGCUUCGUGGCCACAUGCUUGGAGAAAUCGGCACACCUGCAGUUCUACAUGAAGUGGGCUGAGACCCUGCUCAUGUUGCACGGACAGAAAUUGAAGAACAGGUCAGGCUCCAUCCUGCCCACACUGCAGGCCCUGCAGAAGAGCAUCCAGAGACACUUUGAGAGUCUGUCCAAACUCUGUGACUUCAACAUGUACAACAUUCGCUACGCUGUGGCCCUUUCGAAGCAGAAGGCCAUAAAGAGACCGGCUGAGGGGGAAGAGGAGAUGGAGGACGAGGAGCAGUCUGAAGAAAUGAGCGAGGCAUCUUUGGAGGAUGCGGACAUGAUACUGUCAUGAUGAUACUGCAGAUAGGCAACUUCCUGUAUUUUGAUAUUAUGUUGUUAUGGUUUUUUAAAUAAAUUCCUUAAAUGAAUUCUUUUUGGUUUAAAGUCGAAUGUUUACAGUGGAAGGGACACCUGUUAUGUGGGCCCUCCGUAGGCUGGACCGCCUCACUUCAACUCGGCAGUAGCGUUUUCUUCAACGGACACGCCUUCUUGCUGCCCCUGAAUAUGAACUACAGCCUCAAUCUUGUGCGCCUCUACACGUUGUUUUAUGGCAAUUCCUGCGUAGGCGUCAACAAGAACUUGUGGUGCUUUCAGGGUAUUUUUGUAAAAACACAACUCAUUGAAAUAUCCACAAGUGAAGAUUAAACUUGUUUUGUC